AUGAUUUUUUUUUUUUUAGGUUUUAGUGCCACAGAGUUGAACAGUAGUUGUAGAAUGCCAGAUAUUCCUGAAGGAAAUUACGAGAAGGGGAAGAAACUUUUUAAACAACGUUGCGGACAGUGCCACGUGGCGGAUUCAAAAACGAAUAAAACUGGACCGUCAUUGUAUGGCAUUAUUGGCCGUAAAACAGGCGACGUUCCAGGCUUUGUUUACUCUGCAGCCAACAAAAAUAAAGGAGCAGUUUGGAGCCGUGAAACUCUGUUUGAAUAUUUAUUAGACCCGAAGAAAUAUAUACCAGGAACAAAGAUGGUAUUCGCGGGGUUAAAGAAGGCAGAAGAUCGGGCAGACAUAAUAAAAUAUUUAGAAGUGGAGUCAGGAAAAGCUUGA